AUGGUGGUGAUGGUGACAGUGAUGGUGGUGAUGAUGGGGAUGAUGGUGACAGUGAUGGUGGUGAUGAUGGUGGUGAUGGUGAUGGUGACGGUGAUGGUGCUGGUGAUAGUGGUCCCCCGCUCCUCCCCAUGCUGCCAGAUGGUUUUGCAGACCUCGCUCGCUGCCAGUCAUUCAUUCGCCCCCAUGGCAUGUGAUGGCCAUUACUUCCAGGCAGCAGUGAGUCAUUGUCCCCAGCUCAUCGCAGCCUGCCCCCAUGGCAUCCGAUGGCCAUUACUUCCAGGCAGCGUUACCGACCCCGGCCACAGCAACUGCACCAAACUCAACCUAGGACGGGUAACGCUCUCCAACGUCUCUGAGAGGAAGGACAACAUGCGCCUUGGCCUCAGCCUGGCCACCAACCCCAAGGACAACAGCUUUCUGGCCUGUAGCCCCCUCUGGUCCCACGAGUGCGGGAGCUCCUACUACACCACGGGGAUGUGCUCCAGGGUCAACUCCAACUUCAGGUUCUCCAAGACGGUGGCUCCGGCUUUGCAGAGAUGCCAGACGUACAUGGACAUAAUCAUCGUCCUGGAUGGAUCAAACAGCAUCUAUCCUUGGGUUGAAGUUCAGCACUUCCUCAUAAACAUCUUGAAAAAAUUUUAUAUUGGUCCCGGCCAGAUACAAGUCGGAGUGGUUCAGUACGGAGAAGACGUCGUCCACGAGUUUCAUUUAAAUGACUACAGGUCUGUAAAAGAUGUGGUAGCGGCUGCCAGUCACAUAGAGCAGAGAGGAGGUACAGAAACCAGGACCGCCUAUGGGAUAGAGUUUGCUCGCUCGGAAGCAUUUCAGAAAGGUGGCCGGAAAGGGGCAAAGAGAGUAAUGAUUGUCAUCACAGAUGGAGAGUCGCACGACAGCCCAGACCUGGAGAAGGUGAUCGAGGACAGCGAGAAGGACAACGUCACCAGAUACGCCGUGGCGGUGUUGGGUUAUUAUAACAGAAGAGGAAUCAAUCCCGAAGCCUUUUUGAAUGAGAUAAAAUUUAUAGCGAGCGACCCGGAUGACAAACAUUUCUUUAAUGUCACGGAUGAGGCAGCGCUCAAAGACAUCGUGGACGCGCUGGGGGAAAGGAUAUUUAGCUUGGAAGGAACCAACAAGAAUGAAAUCUCCUUUGGACUGGAAAUGUCCCAGACUGGAUUUUCAUCACAUGUUGUGGAAGAUGGGAUCUUGCUGGGAGCCGUGGGUGCCUACGACUGGAACGGAGCCGUCCUGAAGGAAACCAGCAGCGGGAAAGUCAUUCCCCUGCGGGAAUCCUAUCUCCAGGAGUUCCCGGAGGAGCUGAAAAAUCAUGGAGCCUAUUUAG